AUGGAGGGGAAGAUCGUUUUGAUCACUGGUUCAACAACUGGAUUGGGCCUUCACACGGCCAAGAAUCUAUACCUACGUGGGGCAACACUGAUCCUCACAUGUCGAGAUGGAGUUCGUGGACGAGCUGCUUUAGAUGCUGUGCAAUCGCAGCUUAAAAAGGACGGCGAUUUAUCCUCAGGACGAGUUCAUCUCUUCACUCUCGAUUUAACUUGCUACAAAUCGAUUCUCGUUUUCUGUAGCGAAGUAAAAUUGAAUUUCGAUCGGAUCGACGUGCUUGUAAACAAUGCUGGAGUUAUGGGAUUACCCUUUGAGCUUUCUCGAAACGGAGUUGAGAUGCACUUUGCAACGAACGCAUUUGGUCAUUUCGUCCUCGUUAAUAACUUACUGCCACUUCUUGAAAAAAGCAUUGAUGGGCGAAUUGUUAACUACAUUCCAACGCUUCGUCAAUUAAUGGGGGAACAGGAUUGGGACUAUCACCCACGUGUUGCCUAUGCGGUCAGCAAACUAGCGAACUGCCUCUAUACCGUAGAAUUGGCGAGUUAUAUCAUAUCAGUGUUUCGAGUCUGUAUUUUGCAGGGUAUUGAAUCCAUUAUAAAUUGUGCCGUUACGCCCAACAACGAACUGAAUUCGGGUGCUCUUUAUCACGGGUGUAAGGAGGAGGAAUACGGACCUAUAGUGACUGAGGUAAAUUUUAAAUGA